GCGCUGCCGCGCGGUUCUCUCGCUCGCUCCUCGUAUACCUAUAACGCUCGCCGCCGACUGCAGUCCGCUCUCCUCGCUGCGGCUACACAGCGCUCUGGUCCCUCUCUCCGCGCCUCCGUCUAGCUGUAUAGUUAUACGAGGUGCCCUCUCCGCGAGUGAGGCGCGCCGCCUACGUCGGGAGGGCUGAACCGGGCCGGUACCGGCCGCCCAUUGGCUCACGAUCCGCCGGCGCGCGCGCGCGCCCGCCAACAACAGGGACACGCCAUACGGACUGUACACUCUGGUAGUGUCUGCUCGGGGCCGGAGCCAAGCGCGCGUAUAGCUGGUACACACUCUCUGCGCUCUCCGCACCAGUCGACCCUUUCUCAUCCAGCUUCUGGUAUCGGUGUGCGCGAUCGGUAUCGCGUGUCGGAGUGCUGCUGUCCUCGACGAGUGCGAAUCGAAGAAAUGCAUCGUACAUCGACGGAACGAAUGAUUAAUGGGAGUAUGGGAGUGGCUUGAGUGAUCAGUGAGACAUCGGUUGCGGGACAAAUUGCGCGACUCCGAGACGAUAUGCGGGAAAUCGGCAGCCUCUGAGAGACCAGAAACUGUAGAGAGGAAAGUGUCAUGUGUCUUUGAGCGGUGUGCGAUCCUCGAGAAAUUUUGAUGCGCGGCAUUCACCGCGGCAUCGAGGAGCCGCUGGCCGUCGGCGUCAACAGCUACUGCGCCUCUCACCUGUACGAGGCCGUGACGAGCAGCCAGCACCACCAGUCCUCCUCGCAGCACCAGCUCCGUCAUUGCGAGCCGUCGCAUCCGGCACUGCACCAGCAGCUACCACCGACGAGCUACGAGGAGGAGGUUCCGGUGGGUCGAGCCGUAGGAGAGGACGAGAAGACGAGGUCGCCGACGCCGCCAGCCGUCCUGGCUACCGACGGCGGCGGUGGCUUCUGGCUGGCCUCGGUGGCUGCGGGGGCCGGGGUCGGUGCAGUUCUGCCCCCGCACGGGGCCCACCCGGCCGUCAUGGACGUCGGGGUCGCCAGCGCCGAGACCGGCUUCAUCAGCAGCCAGCCGUCCAUGGCCGAGUUCAUGACGGCCCUGCCCCAGGGUAUACCCGGACCCGAGGCCGGAGCAGGUGCUGCUGCCGGUGUCGUUGGUGCUGCUGGUCCCUUGAGUCCCGGCGCCCAUCAUCCCGGCGGCUACCACGGCAUGAUGGACCCGCAUGGGGUGCAGGACGCCUCGGGCGUCAACGUGCCCGAGUACCCCUGGAUGAAGGAGAAGAAGACCACGAGGAAGAGCAGCCAGCAAGAAAACGGCCUGCCCAGGAGAUUAAGAACGGCGUACACAAACACCCAGCUAUUGGAGCUCGAGAAGGAGUUCCAUUUCAAUAAGUACCUCUGCCGGCCUCGAAGAAUAGAGAUCGCGGCGUCGCUCGAUCUCACCGAGAGGCAGGUGAAGGUCUGGUUCCAGAACCGGCGCAUGAAGCACAAGCGGCAGACCCUGAGCAAGGACGAGGGCGACGAGAAGGACGGCGGCUCGUCCGACGGCCUGGAGAAGUCCGGCAAGAGCGAGAAGCUGCUCGGGCUGGACGAGGAGGAGAAGAAGAGCUGCCACAACUGUGAUAUUUCCGGAGUCGGCGACGUCGGCAGCACGUUGUCCGGCGACGUUACCGAUCUCGCCUCCGUCCGCGGCUCCGUCGGCGCCAACAGCAACAACAACACCCCCAGCGCCACCAACAACAACAACAACACCGCCGGCUACAACGCCAACAGCAACGGAGCCAGCAGCGUCGGCAGCACCAACAGCGUCUCCAGCACCUUCGACAAGAUGAUGGUGGACGAGGACUCGCGCUCGCACGACGGCAGCGACGUCACCUCGCCCAGCCUGUCCAGCUCGAAGAAGCUCGACGUGCGGGUGAAGCUCGAGGCCGAGCACAAGAGCCCGAACGCCGGCAAGCAGAUCAGCAUCAGCAAGAAGUCGCCGUCGAGCGGCGCCGUCGGCAAGGACCUCUGCUCCGUCAGCAGCAACGGCGUGCUCCUGGCCCUGCCCGACUCCACCGUCGGCACGCCGAGCCUGCCGAACCAGCCCGGCUCCUCGACGCGGAGCCUCACGCCCUCCUCUACCCCCGGCACCCCCGCGUCGGUGCAGCUCCAGCAGGGCAGUCCGCUGAACGUCCAGCAGCAGCAGCAGCAGCAGCAGCAGCAACAGCAACACGGAGUCUACAUGCAGCGGCCGCGAAGCUCGCCAUCCUCCAGCAGCAACAACAGCCUCCUGCACGGCUCGAUCUCGCCGCACAGCCGGGCGAUGGGCGGCAGCCACUUUCAGCAGAGCGUCUACCACCAGCAGACGUCGGCCGGCGGCAUCGACUACAGGAACGGCGUUCAGGUGGCCGGCAGGCAGCAGGUGCCGAUCGGCAAUCAGCAGCAGGGCGCCUACUGCGCCGGAUCUUCGAGGGAGACCGCGGCCGCGUAUCAUCAGCAGAGGAUCUCCUACGGCGCGGAGAUGCACCCGCAGUACGCGCGACAGCAGGCGUCCCAGCAGCAGCCGGCGAUGGGCCAUCGAACCGUCGCGGGCCAUCACUCGACGAGGGCCAGCGCCGCGAGGUCCAUGUACAACCACCACGGGAGCGUGCAGCAGCAGCAGUUCCAUCAGCAGCACAACCAGUACGCCAGCACCGGCGACUACAACGGCUACGCGCAGACCGGCGGCUACCACGCCUCCUACCACGCCAGAAGCAUGCCGAACGCCAGCAGCGCGGGCUACGGCUCGACGGCGUACCCGGGCACGCCGGAGCACAACAGCAGCGAGGCCUACAUGUCGGCGAACAAUUACGGCUACCCCGCGGCAGCCGCUUCCUAUCACGCCUCGCCCUCCGCCGGCGAGGCCCAUCACGCCCACGCGGCGGUCAGCAGCCACCAGACCGGCUACUACGGCGACCUGCACCAGCAGCAGCAGCAGCAGCAGCAGCAACACGCGGCCGACGCGUACCAUCAGACGGCCUCGAUGCACUCGGCGGGGCUGGACUACAAUCAGCCCCGGCAGCCGAGCAAUCCCAACAAGUGCGCCGCCGGCUACUACGAGCAGCAACCGCAGCAGCACGUGCACCAGGGCGGCGAGGCCUCGAGCAUCCCCGCGAGCUACGUCUCCUCGCCCGACCCCUUCCCGGCAACCACUGCCACGGCCAUCGCCGCCGCGACCGCAGCCGUCAUCGCUCCCCCCGUCUCCGGGCAGAGCGACUCGGCUGGACAGCAGCCGCACGAGGCCUACUCCGGCUUCGGCAGCUACUACGGCGCCGAUCCCCAGCAGCAGCAGCAGCAGCAGCAGCAGCAGCAGCCCCAGGCCGACAACAGCAACAGCUCCUCGGACUUUAACUUCCUGAGCAACCUGGCGAACGACUUCGCGCCCGAGUACUACCAGCUCAGCUGAGUCCACGAGCACGACGUCGUGCAGUCGUCGUCGUCCUCCUCCUCGGCCACCGUCAACCACAACAACAACAACAACAACAACAACAACAACAACAAUGGAAGCCACAACACUUGCCAGCAGCAGCUCGACUGGAACGACGAGCAGUACCUGCUCAACGAACUCUACUGACCCAGUGCUCGUUCGGAAUCAGUGUCCGGUGCCUCGCGCAUCCUGUGAUUGUUCUCCAGUGUGAUACGUGCAAUUUCGCCGCGACCGGAUGCGGCCAGCUGUCGCCAAAAUCAACAAAGACACUUGUAUGAUUUUCCUUUUAUUUUUUUCCGAGCGCGAUUUUCGUUCCAGGUCACACGAGCGCCGCGCGCACGGAUACGAUGUGAUUAUGGGCUUUCUUUACGACAACGCAUUUGCAUCUUAACGCCGUACACAGCCGCGGCGAUUUAUGGAAUCGCAAGCUGCUCGCGGAGAUAAUCGCGGCCGGAAUAUUUUUACAGUUUGGAUGCAGAUGAGCUUGGCUUGAGCUUUUUCUUUCAGCGCCCGUUGCGGCACUGCGAGAGGAGCUUUUAAUGGGAAUACACUAUAUACACAUAUAUAUAUAUAUAUAUAUAUAUAUAUAUAUAUAUAUAUAUACAUAGGCGCGACGAGAGAAUCGCAGAAUUUAGCGACCGGCCGCGCGCAAUCGGUCGAUAGACUAUAAUAUACAUAGCUAGAGAGACAAUAUCAAGAUAUGCCGCUGCGGAGUAUAGUGAUUUAAUUAUGAGACUUUUAAUAGAGUAUUUCUGAUAGUAUUGUGCAGGAUGUAAAAUAUAGGAACGAGAAUGCGAUGUGUAUAAAUACAAGUGUGGUUGCUUGGACGAGGAGUGCGGGACAUACGUGUGAGAAGGAAUGAGAGGAGCUUUUUGCUCCGAAAAAAUAUUUAAUAAUUUUUCGUUUCAUUCCUCUCACUCCUUCUUACGCGAAAGGGCCCUAAUUGUAGAUACAAUAACAUGUUCUGUAGUCUCGAUUGCGAAACUGUUCAUAAUAAAUAAUAUAUAUAUAUAUAGUUUACGGGAUAUCAUUCACGGCAAUAUUGUAAUUCUAGUGCCUGCGCUGUAUAAAGGGGGAAGUGUAUAAUAGUUGUUGCAAUAGAGAUCCUAACGGAGAUUAUACUUGCGAUAUAUUGUAUAUGUUUAUUAUAUCUCUACUAAAAUAGUCUCUAGAGUUGCCUGCACGACUUUUUUUAUUUUCGAAUGUCGAAUAUUCGAGUCGAUUUCUCGACUCGACGCGCGUGUGUGAGAGUUCGUGAGUACGAUCGUCGAAAGCGUUAUUGUGAGUCUAUACGUAUUAUAAAUCUAUAGAUGAUAUAUCGAAGUGGAGAAAAAUAAAAAUCCGUAGUUAUAUACGUAAAAGCCCGUCUCGAACCGUCUCUUUUGUAUAAAUUAUCUACGUCGCCUAUAGCUGUUGUUGUUCAUACAUCGCACACACACACACGUAUACAUAAACACGAAGAAAACAGCGCUUUAACCCUCCUAUAGAGCGAGUUUGAAAACCCUCAUUGUAAAUACUUGCAAAAUACGAGACACACCCACAUGCUAUAACGUAAUAUAAAUAUUAUAUAAAUAUAAAUGAAAAUUAAGCGAAUAAUAUACGUAAGCUGCGUUUUUGAGGUGAAUAAGCACGCGUAUACGUUAACUCAUCGACACACACACACACACACAUACAUACGCAAACAGUUGUCGGGAAUGCAUAGCUAGAGAAAGAGAAUAGCAUAAUGUGCGCGCAUGAUAACGAAACCGAAAGAAUACAAUGUAAUUCACUCUUUCGCAACUUAUCGUUCGCUGCGACGAUGAUGAAACCAAAUUCGACGAUUAUUAUAAAAGAAAUUUUUGCACUAGUUCCGUAUAACGAGGGUUGGAGCGGCUACGACAUCUAUAACUACAUAGAUAAACUUAGAUAGUCUCCAAUAUGUUGUACUAAAUUUCGAUUUGCCUUUAUGAAGGCAGAGAAGAAUCAAUUAAACGCCAGAUAAAGCAAAACAUAAACGA